AAAUAAGAUUUGCAAACAAGAAUUGACUUUUUUUUAAAAUCGCAACUCCCCAUCGUCGCGAAAACGUUUUGUUCGAGAGGGGGAGAAAGAGAAAGAAGCUCGACGACCAAACUUCCGAAGACUUGAGAGAAAAAAAAAGAAGAUAAUUAAUCCUCUGUAAUCUCGUAUCCAAAGCUCUUCGAUCAACAAUCCCUUACUCCUCCUACCUCUUUCGUGUUCCUCAUCAAGAAUAAAAUCGUUUUUUUUAAUUAUUUUGGGUUUAUGCGUUUGAACAAAAAAAGAUUUUGACUUUUUUUGAAAUAGCGUAGUAAUGAAGCACAUUCUGGGUUGAUUCCUUUUGAGUAGAAGACAUUUGAUUUUGUCAAAGCUAUUAUUUACCUUCUUUGUUUUUCUUUUUUUUUUUAAAAGAAGAAAUUCCUUCUUUUUUUUUUUUUUCCUUUAACUCCUUUCUCUAUCCUAUUCUGUAAAGAUUCUUAGAUUCUCCUCCAAAGUUUGAAGCUAAAGGGGUGUCUUUUUUAGAUUCCCCUUGUUGGCUGGCUGCAGUUUCGUGAUUCGAUCGUUUCGUGUAUCCUCAAAUAGCGGAGAAGUAAUCGUGUUUUUAGAUUCUUUUUGGGGGGGUUUCGUAGAAGCAAGCAUACUGAGAUCUUUAUCUCCUCCAGGAUUUUCUCGAGGUAAGUAAGACGUGAUUUUAAAGAAGAUCUAUAGCUCAAAUUACUUUAUAGUUCCAUGCUGAAUUGGUAAUUUGUCUGGAGAUUGCGUGAACUCGUUGCCCUAAUUUGGUUUCAGAGAUCCUACAGAAGUUUAAGCUGCAUUGAACUAUGAGCAGAUAAGAGUUAUUAGGAAGACUAUGGGUUGGUUUAACAAGAUCUUCAAAGGCUCUACCCAAAGGUUCCGGCUUGGGAAUGACCAUGACCACAAUGGCUAUUACCAGAGUUAUCCACAUGAUGAGCCUAGUGCUGAUACUGAUCCUGAUCCUGAUCCUGAUGAAACUCAUACUCAGGAACCAUCUACCUCUGAGGAGGAUACAUCCGGCCAGGAGAAUGACGACAUUGACCGUGCUAUCGCAUUGUCUCUUAUAGAAAACAGUCAAGGACAUACUAACACAGGCGCCGUGAACGCAGGGAAGUACGCAAUGGUGGAUGAAGAUGAGCAGCUUGCUAGAGCCAUACAAGAGAGCAUGGUAGUUGGGAAUACACCGCGUCAGAAGCAUGGAAGCAGUUAUGAUAUUGGGAACGCAUAUGGUGCUGGAGACGUAUACGGGAAUGGACAUAUGCAUGGAGGUGGAAAUGUUUAUGCCAAUGGAGACAUUUAUUAUCCAAGACCUACUGCUUUUCCUAUGGAUUUCAGGAUUUGUGCUGGCUGCAAUAUGGAGAUUGGGCAUGGAAGAUAUCUGAAUUGCUUGAAUGCACUGUGGCAUCCGGAAUGUUUUCGAUGCUAUGGCUGUAGGCACCCCAUUUCUGAGUACGAGUUCUCAACAUCUGGGAACUACCCUUUCCACAAAGCUUGUUAUAGGGAGAGAUACCAUCCAAAAUGUGAUGUCUGCAGCCUCUUUAUUCCAACAAACCAUGCUGGUCUUAUUGAAUAUAGGGCACAUCCUUUUUGGGUCCAGAAGUACUGCCCUUCUCACGAACACGAUGCUACCCCAAGAUGUUGCAGUUGCGAAAGAAUGGAGCCACGGAAUACAGGAUAUGUUGAACUUAACGAUGGACGGAAACUUUGCCUGGAGUGUCUGGACUCAGCAGUCAUGGACACUUUUCAAUGCCAACCUCUGUAUCUGCAGAUACAAGAAUUCUAUGAAGGGCUUUUCAUGAAGGUAGAGCAGGACGUUCCACUUCUUUUAGUUGAGAGGCAAGCACUCAACGAAGCCAGAGAAGGUGAAAAGAAUGGUCACUAUCACAUGCCAGAGACGAGAGGACUCUGCCUUUCAGAAGAACAAACUGUUAGCACUGUGAGAAAGAGAUCGAAGCAUGGCACAGGAAACUGGGCUGGGAAUAUGAUUACAGAGCCUUACAAGUUAACACGUCAAUGCGAGGUUACUGCCAUUCUCAUCUUGUUUGGGCUCCCUAGGCUACUCACCGGUUCGAUUCUAGCUCAUGAGAUGAUGCACGCGUGGAUGCGGCUCAAAGGAUUCCGGACGCUGAGCCAAGACGUUGAAGAAGGAAUAUGUCAAGUAAUGGCUCAUAAGUGGUUGGAAGCAGAGUUAGCUGCUGGUUCAAGAAACAGCAAUGUUGCAUCAUCAUCAUCUUCUUCUUCUGGAGGAUUGAAGAAGGGACCAAGAUCGCAAUACGAGAGGAAGCUUGGUGAGUUUUUCAAGCACCAAAUCGAGUCUGAUGCUUCUCCGGUUUAUGGAGACGGGUUCAGGGCUGGGAGGUUAGCGGUUAACAAGUAUGGUUUGCCGAAAACACUUGAGCAUAUACAUAUGACCGGUAGAUUCCCGGUUUAAGAACUCAAUAGUCUUUUGCUUUUCGAUUGUGGUACCCUUUUUUAUUUAUAGGAUCAUCAUAAUUCUUAUGUGAUUGAAUUAUAUAGUUGUAAUCAUUCCAUGAUUCUUUUGUAUUUCUAUUAUCAGAUUCAGAGAUGGUCCAACCUAAA